AUGGAUUUUCUUAAAUCUGCAGUCGCAAGCGCGAUCGCUAAGUCGAGUUCCUUCCCCUACACAAUCGGUGACCGAAUCGACCUUGAUGCCUCAAUAUGGACUCUCAGUAACGCGACGAAGAAGGACGACAACUCACCCUGUUCAAUAUUUACCUUUGACCUUAAUACACAACGUACCUUCGUCCCACUAGCCAAAAAUGCUGCACGAAAGCUGAGAACGAUACGGCAUCCAGGAGUCAUCAAAGUGCUGGAUGUCAUCGAAAAUGAAACACAUAUCUAUAUCGCGACUGAAAAGAUUACGCCCUUGAGCUGGCACAUAAGGAGGAAUAGUCUAAGCGAGGAGACGAUAAAAUGGGGGCUCUACAAUGUUGCUCGUACACUAGCCUUUAUCAACGGCGAAGCCAGCAGUAUCCAUGGUAAUGUAAGAGUCGGUGCAGUCUAUACCAGUGACAGCGGCGAAUGGAAGUUAGCUGGAUUCGAGACGUUGAGUUCUAUGAACGACGAUGAGGCCAUGAUCUAUACCUACGGAAGCCUGGUACCUGACUCAAAUCGCUAUGCUCCGCCUGAAGUGGCAUCUGGUGGUGGUUGGAGCGUGGUCAAGAAGAAUCCUCUGUCUGCGCCCGACUCUUUUGGUUUGGGAACACUAUUGUACGAAGCGUUCAAUGGAAAUUUUCCAGGGACAGAUAGGAUAGCACAGCCUGGCAAGAUCCCUGCGAAUAUGGUUGCGCCUUACAAAAGACUUAUCAACACGAAUCCGAAGCUGAGGUUAAGUGCUGGCCACUUUCUAGAGCAAGGAAAAAAGUCUGGCAGCUUCUUCGAAACACCACUCAUUCACAUUAUUGAAGGUGCAGACAGCCUGGGUCUAAAGAGUGAGGAAGAGAGAAACCAAUUUCUGGCUGAGCUUGAAGAAUUGACAGAUGACUUUCCCGAGGAUUUCUUCAAAAUCAAGAUCUUACCAGAAUUACUCAAAUCUGUUGAAUUCGGUGGCGGCGGUCCGCAGGUCUUCAGUGCCAUUAUCAAGAUAGGUGUAAAAAUGUCAGACGAGGAGUGGGAAGGAAAGUUACUGCCUGUCGUGUUGAGACUGUUUGCUAGUCCAGAUCGAGCAAUGCGAGUAUGUCUGCUGGACAAUCUACCAGCCAUGAUCGAUCGUUUACCUCAAAAGGAUGUUAACAACAAAAUCUUUCCUAUGAUGGUUACUGGCUUCACAGAUACCGCCCCUGUUGUGCGAGAACAGACCGUCAAAGCGGUGCUCACAGUAAUCACGAAAUUGUCAGACCGUACCAUUAAUGGCGAGCUCUUACGCCACCUAGCAAAGACGGCCAACGAUGAACAGCCAGGUAUUCGUACAAACACCACUAUUUGCCUUGGCAAAAUCGCACGGAGUCUAGGAGCGUCCUCAAGGGCCAAGGUACUCAUAGCUGCCUUUACAAGAUCAUUGCGCGAUCCUUUCGUACAUGCAAGAAAUGCCGCCUUGAUGGCUUUUGCUGCUACUGCGGAUGUCUUCAGCGAGGAGGACUGCGCAACAAAAGUCUUGCCUGCAAUUUGCGCUUCGCUGAUCGACAAAGAGAAAUUUGUUCGAGAAACUGCAAACAAGGCCUUCGAUACCUAUGCAAAUAAGAUAAAGCAUUAUGCUGAGACACUCCCUGACACUGCAGCACCAGCAGAAGGAGCCGCAAGACCUGCAACACCGACUCGUAUGGGCAAUCAGAAUGACGCUUCCGGCUGGGCAGGCUGGGCAAUCUCUUCUUUCACCAACAAAAUAUCCACCGCUAAAGGUGAAAUGAACAGUGCUCCAGCUAUACCAGUGAACGGAGCCACAUCGACGCAGACCAGGUCGCUGCCAGUCAGCGGCCGCGCAACACCUCUAGCAAAUCCCGUACCUGAUCGUCCAGCAACUAUCAGACUCGCAAGUACAACCACAUCUCAAAGAACAUCCGUCGAAACUCCCUCCGAAGCCCCUGUCGACGACGACGUGCUAGACGCAUGGGGCGAGAUGGACGAUGACGACGACAACUUCUUCGACGCACCCGCUGCUGCAAAAAACAACACCUCGACUAUAACAAUAUCAACCACAACGCCCUUUGACGAUGGAGGUGAACCGGAUUUCGCUGGUUGGCUAGCGGCGCAAAAUAAACCAAAGGCAAAACCGCCGUUACCGAAGGGACUGAGUAAAGCCGCGAAUGGCACGUCACUGGCUUCGCGUCCUGCAGCUGUGAGGACACAAUCGGCUGGUCCUGGUGUUACGGCUGCUAAGAAAGCGGUGCCUGUGGCGAAUAAGAGACCUGUCGCAGUUGCUGCGGCUACUAAGAAGGUCGACCUCAAACCGAAAGACGAUGAGGGAGGUGAUGACGAUUGGGGCGCGUGGGAUUGA